AGUAAAGCACAAAAGCAGUUUAAGAAACAAAAAAAGUAGCAAAGCGUUAAGUUGCAGCAGGAUUUAUUUUAAUACGAUAUUCUAUGUGAAAUUAAAUAAAAAUUAGUGUAUUUGCAACGAAGUUUACUGGCACCAAUAAUUUCAGUGAUUGAGUAAGGCAACAAGAAAAUCGUAUUGUUACAAAACGGAAGGGAAAAGUGAAAAGAGUGUACCAUAAGCGGUAGCAGCAGCACGCAAAAAGUGGAUUAGGAAAACAACAAAAGAUUGUGCUGGGGAGGAGCUGAGUGUGUUGCAGAAGUAAGAUGUCGACAGGAAGACCCAUUAAAUGUGUCGUCGUUGGUGAUGGCACCGUUGGCAAGACAUGUAUGUUAAUAUCAUAUACCACAGACAGUUUUCCCGGAGAAUAUGUGCCUACAGUAUUCGACAACUACUCUGCGCCAAUGACUGUUGACACAAUACAAGUUUCGCUUGGCUUAUGGGAUACGGCGGGUCAAGAAGACUAUGAUCGCCUGCGCCCGCUCUCCUAUCCACAAACUGAUGUAUUUCUUAUAUGCUUCAGCGUGGCCAGUCCAUCUUCAUUUGAAAAUGUCACAUCGAAAUGGUAUCCAGAAAUCAAGCAUCACUGCCCCGAUGCACCGAUUAUAUUAGUCGGUACAAAAAUCGAUUUACGCGAUGAUCGCGAAACCCUCAGCGCGCUGUCCGAACAGGGAUUGGCACCGUUAAAACGUGAGCAGGGACAAAAAUUGGCGAAUAAGAUACGCGCCGUCAAGUAUAUGGAAUGUUCUGCACUCACACAAAGGGGACUCAAACAGGUAUUUGAAGAAGCAGUGAGAGCUGUACUCAGACCAGAACCACAAAAGCGGCGUCAACGAAAGUGUAUAGUUAUGUAAGAAAUAUCUCCUUUCUAUAGUGAACCAAAACAUCCAAAAUUAACAAAAGAAAAGUAAAUCACUCACAUACCUUUGCAACAUACACAAACACAAUCAAGGAGUCAACUCAUCUAAGCAAAAACAGCUCGAAUAUUUAUUAACAAACUAAAAUAAGUAAAAAGUCGACAAUUAUCAAUUUCGAAGGCAUCGACAACUUGUUAAAUGUAUUGUGCAAUUGUGUUUGUUUUUUAAAAGUCUUUUAGCCUUCUUUCAAUGUCUGCAAAAUCACGAAUCUUUUAGCUUCCUUACAAAACUAUGGAAAUAGCGAUUCCAGACGACAAUAUCAAUUUGCCAUUAAUCAUAUAUCCGUGUGCUGCGUUUUUUGAAUCGAAUUUCAACAAUUGCAGCUCUUUCGAUUGGAGCAGAUAUAAUUAAAAAGGAAAACAAAAAUUAUCUGCCUUUAAGUAAACUUUUAGCAGCUAAAUUAUGCAGCUAGUAUUUGAUUUAAACAUAGUGUAUCCGUAGAAGCAUUGUCCAAGGCAGUUAAGUGUAUAAAUACACGCACACAACUGGUUUGUAUUUGUCAUAGACUGCAUCUGGGCAAAGAAAAAUAGCUUAUCUAGUCAAUUGAUUAAUAAGGAAGAAAAAAUGCGGAAGCUAAAAAAAGAACUAAGUAUUGAAAGAUGUGGAAUAAGAAAAAAUAUUGAACAAAUAAAUAGAUGGUUGAUCACUUUAAGGGAUACCGACUUGAGCUUAGACAAACGAAACUGUCACUAUGUGUUGUGACUUACCAAUUUGUAUGACCUACUUUAGUUAAUGCCUCAUUUUCUUUUCUAAAUGUGCCCAUAUUUUUACAUACAUCUAUAGAAUGUUGCACAAAUCUCCUCUUUAUUAGUAAACGAUUAGGAUUUUAGUUUCGUUAAAAAAAAAAACUAUUUCAGCUAAUGAACAAUCGCUGCUCUCUCGCCGAAGCAGUGAGCUAUAACACUCAAUUAUGCAUUUUAUAUUGUUAAUCUCAAAUUAUUAUUAUUUUAGUUUAGAUAUAUGUAUGUAUGUACUAAAGAUGUAUGCCGCAACUAAACACUAACGACUGUUUUAUGCAAAAUGUAUAUUUUAAUAUAAUCCUUUUUUUAAUUUGUCCUUAUUCUAUUUAUUAUAUGUACGUAUUAUGAUUUCGUUAUUGCUAAACAGUUACUAUUUAGAAAGUGAAGAUAUAAUGUAAUAAUCUAUUGAAAAUUCGCAACUCGAAUACAAUUAAAUUAACUCAAAUAGCAGAAAAUAUGUAAUCUCUCCUCUAUCUUCUGCAUUGGCACACUCAUUCACUACUCCAACUUUAUAAUAUAAUAUUUUACAUCUUGAAUACAAAUUUUUGAAAUUGUAACCUCAAAGAUUUUGAAACAUGUAUUUGAAUGUUAUUUGUAAUUUUGUAUGAGUAUAAUGAAAAAGAGAAAAAUAAACACAUAUUUACUUUAUAUAAUAUUGUAAUAAUAGUAAAAAAAUCAAAAAUAAAGAAAGUGACGGCAGUGAAGUAGAUUUAAUAAGAUACGUAUAAAAAAUGGACGAGAAGAGUUACUGUGAAACGAAGCGAAUAUAUAUUCAAGUAAAUAAAGUGAAAUGAACAAAAGCUGACAGUUGAUUAA